CAUUCUCGUGAACCUGGAUUUCCUCCUUUGCAUGAUGCGCGCUUUAUGUUGUCAACUCUCGAGUGUCACCUUGAAUGGAAGCCUGUGCUUUUACGUUGAAUGAAUUAUUCCUGUUACCCACGCCGACGUGCAAACGAAAUGGAUAUUAACUUGCAAUUCUGGAAAAGCGAGGGACAGUCUUUCCUGGACAGACUUUGCCUCUGGAUGGACAUUCUUGAUCCAGUCUACUUCCUCACCUCUGAUGCUGAAAUUCAGAAAGCACGUUCUCUGCUCAGAAGUACAGAAGAUCAGAAGAGAGAGCUAGAUGAUGCAUGGAGGCUGAGCCUGUCGUCUGUUCACUCCGACACCGGUGCCAUUCUUCCAACGAUAUUCCGGCCUUCAGCAUUCUUUCCUGUUGCUAUACCCCUGGUCUUGGCCAGCUUACUGCCACUCAAAGGGGUAAAGCUUGCUUUACUCUCGCAGUUUCCAUUGCAGUGUUACACUGCUGGAUUUAAUUACUGCAACAGAAAUGCCACUGGCAGCAAGGAAAAGAUGACACGGGAACGAAAGGCUUUGAUGGCCGGAACAGUCGCGCUUACGACAUGCGCGGGGGCGAUUCCUCAGAUUGUGAUGACGCACUACGGCCUAAAAACCAGACCUGUCCAGAUGUUCUGUAGAACAGUGUUGCCUGCUCCACUGGCAGCCCUCCUCGCUUUUUUCAGUGUGCUGGUUGUGAGGGGUGACGAGUCCAGGCAUGGCGUCCGGGUAUUCGAUUCUCACGGAAACUGUGUUGGAAUCUCACAGAAUGCCGGCUCCAAGGCUGUGGCUGACACUGCCCUGACCAGGGCAGCUCUGAUGGGCACCACUACUGCCCUGCCCGGCCUGUUUAUCCGGGUCCUGCGGAGGGUCAGCCAGCAGAGGAAUCUGUGGCUGAUGGCACCGCCCGAGGCCCUUAGUGCCGUCCUGGCCCUGAGUGUCAUGAUUCCCGUCUCCUUCAGCCUCUUCCCCCAGCUCUGUACGAUUCCAAAAGUCUACUUGGAGCCUAAGCUCCAGGCAGCCACAGAAGACCAACAGCUGUUCUACCACAGAGGACUCUGAGAGGAGAAGUCGAAAUGGCCGUUUUCUAAAUAAAGAAGUCAGUUUAUCGAGUCACCCACAGGGCUAACUGCAUUUCCAAAAAAAUAAACUCAAAAAGUGGCAGGAUUUCACACUGUAAGACUGUAAACCAGCUCACUGUGUUUAUUUGUUGGCAGGUACACUCAUUUUGCUCUGUGUUUUUGCAAAUACGUUGACCACAUUGCAUAAUUUAUGAAUUGUUUGACUAGACCCACAUUUUCAGUCCCAUCGAUUGAAGAAUUAUGAUAAGAAACUACUGAGGUGUGGCUGACACGGCUAGAGUGAAAAGCCUUUGUAUUGAAGUCAUAUUUAAUGCAUGUACAAUAAAAUCAGAAUAUGUAAAGUGACAGUCUGACAAA